GCACUGUGAAGAUCCUUCAUGCGCUUUACAGGAGGGCUUUUUGAGCCAUCACAGUGUCAGCAACAAUUGGAAGAAAAUGCAAGCAUUUGUCUCAAUAGCACAGAACGCAUGGAGGAUUUUUAUAUCUGAAAGGAAGCCUGGCUGGAAGUAUCUGAUGCAGCUUUUUGCACUUUGCUCUGCGGUUGGCCUCCUCUCAAGCUUUCUCUUAUUCCUUGGCAUGCAUUUCUCCCUGGCACACUACCCUUUGUGUCCCUUACUGAUUUCUGGAUUCAUCUGGAUCUUGCUUUCGAUUGCACUCUCUUGUUUCAAGCACCUGCGCUGUUUUAGUGUCCUAUUCCUUCUUUCUUGUGGACUCCAAAAUGGUAGGAAUGCUCUUAUUACUGCUGGCACAGGGGUCGUGGUGGCUGGCAACAUUCAAAAUAUUUUUCACAACCUAAAAGUUCUGGCAGACAGUAUAACCUGUCAUUUAGAGUAUGAGCAAUUUGCCUUGAUAAAAUACUAUGUUGAGGCAGUAAAAUGGAUUUAUGAGGCGGUCAAGCAUUCCACUGAACUACCUAAACAUAUAGUGUACCUAAAGCAUGAAUUCGCACCAUCUUAUUCAAUUUCAGAUGAUGCAUUAAAACAAGAGAUAAAUGACACAAAGCAAGAAAUCCAGAGAGUUGCUAAUCAGAUAUCUUUUAUGCUGACUAUACUGCCCUAUAUAGGGCAGAAAGUAUUGCCUAUGGUGGGGAUUUUUCUAGCUUCUUUUGGAACUGCUCUCUUUAUCAAAAGAUUUAUGGGCUCUCACAGUGCCAAAUUUAAAAAUACUUACAUCACAAAAGAGUUCAUAGCAUUUGAUGAGCACCAAAAGCAACAGCAAAGACCCUGCGUUCUACCACUUAACAGGAAAGAAAGAAAAGACUAUGUGAUAAUCCCAUCUUUCCGCUUCACAAGAGAGGACAGAAAAAACAUGCAGUAUUUUUUUUCCCCUGUAGUUAUUCAUCUUUGCAUCUGGCUUCUGUUUGCUGCAGUAGAUUAUUUGUUUUAUUGGUUAAUUAUUUCUGUGAAUAAACAUCUCCAAGAAGUACCCGAUAUAGAGAUUCAACUCAGCCUCUUUCAGCAAAGGAAUGACAACAGCUUUGUCAUUGGUAUGAGAGAGCAUAUUGCGAAGACUGAUCCUUUCAAGAUCUCUUUGUUUAAGCAUGACUGCAUCCCUCAGCCAGAGCUUACUCUCUUCAAGACAUGGAUCCAGCUUGGAGUCAUCAUCUUCAUCUUAAUAAUUUUUGGGUUAUUCUCUGGCUUCCUGACUCAACUUAAAAUACUUGUGUCAACUUCAUUUUAUCCUGACACUAAGAUGAAACGGAUACACUAUUUGCAUGCAAAAUUACUCAAGAAAAGAGCAAAGCUACAAGAGAAAACAGGGAAGAAUAUGUUUGCUAGAACGGUCAAGUUUUGGUUUCCAAUACUCAAGGGGAGAGAGACAGUGAGGAAGAAAGACAGGAGUGUGGCAAAUGACAACAUGGUGUGAAAGAGACCAAGUGAAUCUUUGGAUAAGGCUGAGAUGCUUUAGCUCCACAGGGACUCGUCUUUUGCACUUGUCUUUCCUACAGGAUGUCAAUUUUAAAAUGUAAAAAAUAGGAUCAAAAUCUAAUCAUCAGUAUUUUGGAAAUGAAGCCACAAGAGCUAAUGUGCUCUCCACCACAGAGGCUGCAUUAAUAUAUGGGUUGCAUUGAUAUUCGUUUUUCAACUUGGGGUCUGCACUGUCUUAUACUUUAGAAAUCCAUGGAGGGUCUGUUCUUCAGCGUCAAAGCAACCAAACAGCUUGGAGCUUUUAGGACUACAGAACAAACCUCUUUGGGUUGAGCUAACAGAGGACAUAAUGGCAGUAGCAGGUUUGUCUUCUCCACAGUUGUCAGACACUGAAGACAGAAAACAGAUCAGAGGCUGUCCAUUUGUCACCAAAAUCGGGAAAUAAACUCCUUAAUGCCAC